AUGAAAUCCUGGAGUUCAAAUGCCAGUGUCCUCGAAGUGGAUGUAGAUACUGCAAAGCAGCGGUCGUUGGACUGGCACCUUCCUCUGAAUUAUGAAAAGUGCGUCCAUGUGUCGUUUGGAGGGGAUUCAGCGAGUGCCUUUUUUAUGCAUGGUGAAAAGGGACCAGAAAAUACCAUGAUGAUAGAUGCCAUAAAGGAUUUGAGUAUCUGGGUCUCCUCAAACUUGUCCUUCUCACUACACCAUGAGAAAUCGGCCCAAAAGGCAUUCGCCAUUUUACGGAUGAUCCGACGCACAUUCUCCCGUAUCACUCGCAUGGACUUCCAAAUACUCUAUGGGGCCUACGUCAGACCACUCCUGGAGUACGCCAACCAAGCUGUCUACUCAGGACGCUCGAGCGACGUCACCCUCAUUGAGCGUGUCCAGCGGGCCGCUACGAGAAUGGUUGUUGGCCUCAAAUCCGUGGACUAUGAAACGCGUCUCGCGAUGGUUGAUCUCUUUCCCCUGGAGUACCAUCGUCUCCGAGGGGACCUAAUUCUUACUUGUGCCCUGUUUGAACAAAGCUUGGCAAACAGCUCAGACUACGCGUUUUCGUUACACAAAAAUCUCCCACAUCGGCUGGUUGGUGCUUGGAAUAACCUUCUUCCGACGGUUGCUCACGCUUCUAGUACCGAGUUCAUAGCACUUCAGGAUGACUCUGACCAGCAUGUCCAUAUUUAUGAAGCAGUGAUGCUACCUUCCCCCAAGGAAAAAUGGGUUAGAAAAGGUCGGCCCCAAAAACCGCACACUCCGAUCGCCCAACGGUUGACCCUGACCACCGGCGCAUUAUCCAAUACGGCCGAAAUGUUUUUAAAACCAAAGAUCCCGGCGCUGUUCAAAAGACACCUGCUGUACGCAACCGUAUCAGGAGUGAGACAGCAAUGCCCUACUUCCUGCGCCCUCGGGUCAGGCCGGCCCCCACAACCAAUUCGGGAGUUGCGAUCCAUGAAUUCCGAUGAAAAUCCCGUUUACCGCCUUUUCUAUCCCCAGUCUACUCGUGAUAGUAGGACGCCGAGCAGACCAGGGGCUUACCGUUCCAAUUCCAUGUCAAAUCCAAUAGACCCCUCUCACCCCACAGCGUCUGGGUCUGGCGAACCCACUACCACUGGUAGACUUAUUUCCACAGGAAGACAGCGUGUCGCUCCCAGCGGCAGCGGUCACCACCGGCAUCGGACCAGCUGCUUGGAUUUAAAUACCGACGUGGGGGCGAGUCGAACCCAUGGUCGACGUAAUGCGCGUCGAUCUGGACCAGUGGGAACGACUGCAGUCGCUCGUUGGGAUUCCAGUGACUCGGAUGCGGACGACUUCGAUUUUGUCAACAAUUUGCACCUGUCAUCCCUCUUGUUUCGGCAUCUACAGUCGGGUUCAUCCGUCCGUGCCACGUAUAACGUGGACCGUCUCACACAGAACACGGGAGAGUGUGCAAUCUGUUUGGAGGAUUUGGCUGAGGGUGACUUGAUCGCGCGGCUACAAUGUCUGUGCGUGUACCACAAAAAAUCCAAACCGCUACGGAUCACUCUCAUCGUGGCUGCGGCUUUGUUCAUCGUGAUUGCCUUGUUCACGCUCAUCUUGGUGCUCAUUUUCGACCGCCUGUUUCUCGCAUUACUCGCCCAGAAACUUGCCAUCUCUCCCAAUUCACCGGUGUACGAAAGCUGGCUAGUCCCUACAGUGCCAAUCUACUUUAGUGUUUACCUACUAAAUUUGACUAAUCCAACCGAGGUUCUCGCCGGCGCGCGACCUCAUCUACAAGAAGUUGGGCCAUAUGUGUACAGAGAAAGAAGAGAACGUUUUGAUGUUCAGUUUGGUAAUGGAUCAGAGUCGCACACGGUCCGCUUCAAGUAUCGUAUUUUCUACUAUUUUGACCGGGAAAAGUCCAUCAACGACCCAUCCACAGUGCGAAUCAAUACACCCAAUCUGUACUUCCUGGCUAUGACCUCGAGUAAUAUGGGCUGGCUCCUCGGAGAUGACGGGCCAUUCAUCACACUUACUGCAGAAGAAGUGAUGUGGGGCUACACUCCGACACUCGUCAAUUAUCUGAGAGUCUUCCUUGGAGACAAAAAAGUUGGACUUUUUGCUACAAACAACGGCACAAACGUGAACGAAUUCGUUGUGAAUACUGGUGCGAAAAACAUUCAAGAUAUCGGAAAAAUUUACGAAGUGAAUGGUCAACAAAUUCUGGACAUUUGGGAUAAUGUGGAAGCGAAUAUGCUCAAUGGUACAGAUGGUACGGUCGCAGCUCCAGGCCUCAGGGUUGGGUCGACCGUCGAAUUCCACGUGCCAGAUAUUUGCCGUUCUGUGACCUCAUAUGCCGUGAAUACGACAACUACUCAGGAAAGAGACGAUGUUGAGGUCACCGUGUUUUCCGGAUCCCCGCCUAAUUCGACAGACCCGCUGGCCAAAUGGCGUACAGAUAUGUUUUGCACAAAAGAUACUGGCUGUCCGCCUCAAGGACUUUUGUCACUGCAAAGAUGUGUAGCCAGAAAAGGUGGUGAUCUACCGCUCUUUCUCUCCCAACCAUUUUUCUUGGGUGCUGACCCUGAAAUAGCUGCUGCCUUCGAUGGUUUACCCACCCCGACGAAAGAGAAAUAUUCAACAUGGGUGCACAUAGAACCGACAACUGGAUUUGUUUUGGAAGCCUUCAAACGGAUCCAGUUCAAUAUCCUCAUGGAAAACUCAGGCUCAAAGUACAAAGAUAUGAAGGGACCGUACUACUUCCCCCUCGCAUGGAUUGCCGAGAUUGCGGUGGCGGACAAGAAGUCGGUUGACAUGUUGGCCGACAUGGUCCUGGCACCACGAAAGAAAGUGCCUCUCAUUCUGACCAUUAUUGGUGCUAUUUCCACAGUCUUGGCGGUCACGUUGAUUGUAAUUCUUGUGGCGUGUGUACGUACACGAAGCAUUUCCCAUCGUGCCAAGCGAAACGGUACCGUUAGUCCUGCGUCUCCAGUCAUCACCACAACAUGCACGAAAGAGAGCCACAUUGACACAUACACUUCGGUCACAUCACCUUGGUCCAGUACCAAGCCUAGAGCUCCGGAAACUCAGGUCACUGAGGCCAAGCCUUUGCUACACUCUCCGUCCCACAACGACCCAACGGCCCCAGUUGCUUAGGGUUUGACGAGGUCGGCGCACGCGCGCCACCUCUGCCGUAGGUAUGAUCCAAUUCCAAGCUGUAGGCACCAUGCUAUUGUUCAUCGACUUCAUCCUCCCUACCUGUCACUUCUACUCAUGCGAAAACCCGUACCCGGGGAAGAUUUGGAAAGUUUUUACUCCUGUUAUUGUAUUUUUCUCGCUAUUCUUUUGAUGCCACUUUUUGUGUCCGAUUUGUUAUACACAACCACGACCUCCGCUUCGUCUUCAACCUUCAAUAACCUUGUUAUGCUUGUUUUAUUAUUCAAUCACCACCCCUGCCCGUGUGGAUUCCGUGUACGUCACGGAUACCCGCACUCUCUGCCACCGUGACAAUUUGUCCAAUGGAACGCUUGCAGUGAUUGUCUCGAAUUGAUUGUUUUUGAUUACGACAAUUCUGAUCAGACACGACUGACUUUUCCGUAUUCGUUUUUUGUGUGCCUGUUGUAUAGAUCAACUGAUCUUCACUGUCACCACGUACAUUUUCCUACUUGCUUGCCUAACUACUUGCGUUUUGUCCACUUUAUGAGCUCCCCUUUGCUUUUUUGAUUCCCUUCACACCAACUCGGGAAAUUGAAAUAGAGAAUAGUUUGUACACGGAAUGUUG